GCUUAUUUACUUUUUUGUUAAAUUAAAGAAAACAAAAAAUGAGAUGGCUGCAGAAAAUACGGCGCCGGAACUGCUGGCGCUGCAACCAGAGGAAAGCAUAAGAUUUAACACUACUGCUGAAAAUAUUUGUAUUAACCGACGCAGCGCCGAGGAGCUAGACUACAACGAAUUUUACUGGCGCUAUCUGCAUGCGAAUUGGCCAUUGAUUAUAACAGAUGUCUCAAACAAGUGGGAGUGUCGUAAGUGGGCGCAAAAUGCUGAAGAUGACACCAAUGGCAAUGCUAAUGCCAACGUUAGCUCAACUGUUAGUGAGCAUACCCACAUUAACUUCGACUACCUCAAAAGCCGCAUAGACAACCUGGACGUGCCUGUGGCUGACUGCAAUGCUAUGUAUUUUAAUAGUCAUGCCAAGCUGGAGUUUAAGUUUUAUGAUUAUCUCGAGCGCUGGCAACGCAACUUAGAGAAUGCAACCAACAGUAAUGUGGCCAAGGAUAAUCUCUACCUCAAGGACUGGCAUUUGGCUGCACAAAUGCCGGCCUACAAGUUCUAUCAUGUGCCGAAAUAUUUUGCCUCCGACUGGCUUAACGAGAAGCUAAUGAAACAAAAGCAAGACGACUAUCGCUUUGUCUACAUGGGACCCAAGGACUCAUGGACUUCAUUCCAUUCGGACGUUCUAGGCUCCUACAGCUGGUCUACGAAUAUAGUUGGUCAUAAGAAGUGGCUCAUUAUGCCGCCUGGUGAGGAGCUCAAGCUGGCAGAUCGCUUGGGCAAUCUGCCCUUUAGCAUAGACGAAACGCUGCUGGACUCGCAUCAAGUGCGCUAUUUUACCAUCAAUCAAACCGCAAACGAGGCGGUGUUUGUGCCCAGCGGUUGGUAUCAUCAAGUAUGGAAUGUAACAGACACUAUAUCGGUGAACCACAAUUGGUUCAAUGCAUGCAACGCGCCGCUCGUUUGGCGUAACUUGCUGGGAAACCUGCAGGCAGUGUACAAGGAAAUCGCCGACUGCCGGCAAAUGGACAACUUUGAGGCUCACUGCCAGACCAUGUUGCGCGCCAGCUUUGGCAUUAACUACCUCGAUUUUAUAGAGCUUCUGGAAUGCAUUGCCAGCCAACGUUUGGCAGCGCAACUCGAGCCAAGAACAACGACCAACAGCUUAUUACUUUUUGAUAGUUAUACAAUGAACGAUUAUCAUGUGCAAUAUGAUUUGGAUUGCCUGCGGAAGCUGCUCGCCCAGAUGCUGCAGGAGUCCAGUGUGCAGCAGUGUGACGCAGCCUACGAACGCUGUCGGUUGCUAUUGCAGCAACUGCAGUCUUAGACAAAGCCUUGGCAUAUUUUUAUACCAAAGUUGUACUCGUAUACAAAUA